ACUGUGUCUCUUCGACACCAUGAUUGUUUUGUUAUCCCUCCACAAAUUCUCAUCACAAGUCACGUUCCGCUGGCCUAGAAAUCAAUUCAUUCUGAUCCCACGCCACCUGGAAUAAGCCCUGCUUUGGGGAGAUAUUGGACGCUCUGUGCAGAAAAAAGAAAGAAAAAAAAAGUACACACUUACCUUUCUCGCUUUCAUGGGCGAGGAAAUGAAGGACAAACUGAUUAAGUCAUAAUUUGCAAAGAAAAAUGGAUGUGAAGCAAAGUUUAUGUUGAAGUGAGUUUCUACUGAGAGUCAUUUUAAACAUUUUCCCGAGGAGGAAACGUCAACCUGCACAGAGGGAUAUAUGUCCUUUUCCCCAAAAAAAGGUUCUGUCCUUUCUCUCUUUAAAGACAGUCGCCCUCUGAGGGACUAUAUUAAGACGGCAAAUCGUGUCCCCGCUGGCCAUCAAUAAUGUAGAACAGGAUAAUUUGGAAAAUUGAGCCACUGCUGGGAGUUCCAUUUUUUCUAUCUGUGCUGGAUAGCUUGUUAGCCUGCCAUUAUGUUACUGCGUUUCAUGAGUAGAAAAGAUUGUGCAGGACAAGUGGCAGAGGGAAGAAGUCUCCUCUCGGUAUAGACGUUUUUAAAUAGCUCCUCCUCGAGAACAAUUUCAAAACGUCCACAAUGACACAUUAGAUGAGUUGGCUCAUUGUGAUUAUGUAAGAGUUUCAUACCAGCUUUAGCCCAUGUAUUUUGCCUCUUCCUUUUUCCAUGGAUUUACAGCGUUGGACUUUUCCCAUGCUUUUUUUCUCCUCUUUUCUGGAAGCGUCGACCAGGGGGCAUGGAUGUCAGAGGGUGACCCUGCGCCGAGUGUGCGGGCGAGGCAAGGUGCUUUGGCUGCCCAGGUGCUUUUAAGAUGUUGAGGUCUCCCUGCGCGUCCGGGGCCCCUGUUCGGAUCAGUAGCACUGAGGCUCCCCGUAGCCAAAGACAUGGACCCCGACUCGGCUCCCCCACGCCCUCAGCCUGUUGGCCACUGGCCCCACGUCGCCCUGUAAAGGAUGUCCCUCAGCAGAGCUCCGGCCCGGGACACCUCUGAGACCCCCAGCCCGAGAGAACGCAUCCGCAGCCACAUGAAGAUGGUGAUCGACCAGCUGGACGGCAUUCUCAAAGAGCUCAAGGAUGUGGCCAAGGAACUCCGGGAGGUGGUGGGUCAGAUCGAUAAACUUACGUCCGACUUUGACUUUGACCUGGAACCAGAUGACUGGACGGUGGCGACAGCCAGCAGCACGUCCAGCAGUGAGCGAGGCUUGGGAGAGGCCUUCAGACUCGACUUCCUCAAUUCAGAUGUGCUUUCAGAUAGCUGGGAGUUUUGCAGCUACCUGGAGGCUGCUGGAGGCGCCGCACGCAGACCCGGUGAGCAACCAGGGGAUCUACAAACGGAGCUGGGCCAUGGGACCAUCCCGACCCAGACACAGACCCCGACCCCACCCCCCACCACUGCCUCUGUGUACUCCCAGAUGAAUGGCGGGCUGCCCAUACCCAACGGGCCCCGCAUUAUUACCCCGGACUCCUCCAGCGAGGAGGCCAGCAGCUCCACGCACAGCCACAAGACUUCUCGCACCUCCGGCACAAGAGAACGAGUGCGUUUCAGUGACAAAAUUCUGUACCACGCUUUGUGCUGCGACGAUGACGAGGAGGAGGAGGAGGAGCAAGAUGGGUUAGAGGAGGACAAGAGUGGUUGUGCGACACCAGAGAGCGAUACUGAGCCCAGUCCCCUGGCCAGCUCAAUGGCCCCCAAACGUUCUUCCUCUGAGCACUCACUCCACCAUAACUUUCUGGACCCUUCCUACAUCUCCUCAUCAGUGAAGGGGAUGACAGGAGCUCACACACUACCCAGGAAAAGUCUCUUAAACCCCAGCUGCCGCAAAAAACUGUUACGAAAUAGCAGCACACAAACUGUCUCUGACAAGAGCACCCAAACUGUACUGCCCUAUGUUCCAGCCAAACAGAAAACAAAGGACCACUGAGAGAGCCCUGAUUUUAUCUUAAAUCUCAUGAAGAGGACUGUGCAUUAUUUAAUAUUAAAUUCAUAGCUCAUAGAUUAAUACA